CCCAUGUCUGCACAUCUGCACAGCUGCGACUAUAGCUAUUGCAGGUCUCCUAGCCGACCAACCAAGGAGCCAUCCAUCCACGCACCCACCCAUCCAUUCAUCUACCGUCCGUCCCUUGAUUACACGUGAGAGACAGAUAGCCUCUCUUCUCUCACACACACACGCACCACCCACCACCCACCCACAGCCACCCUCACCCUCACCCGAGCCUGACGCGCUUGCUGGGUGGCGCCCGCGUGUCCCCCUCUCCCGUCACCUCAUUAUCGCCUCUGCGGUUGCUGCCCUUGCCCCCCUCCCCACUCGCCAUAUCGUAGGUGGGCGUCGGCUCGGCCCGGACCUGCUGCUGCUUCUUGCCCCGGCUGGGACGGGGGGGCGACCUGGUGUCUGUGUCUCUGCCUGCAGGUUGUUCGUCGAUGUGGCUGGUGUGCGAGGGAUGUCGCCUGUGACGGGGUCGAGGGCAUUGGGGGACGGGAAGCUACCUGCACACACAGACACACACACACACACACAGAGAGAGAGAGAGAGAGAGAGGGUGGGUGGUGGUUGAUUGGGUUGUCUGUCUGUAGCCUUUCGCAGAGCAUACACACCAGAGAGGUCGAAUCGCCAGGGGUGUUUGUCGCCUUCAGUGCGCUUCAGGAACGGCACCGCCUCGGGACUAAAGGAACGCCCACGCCACACAGCGACACACACAGCGAAACUGGUCACUUAUGGUGGGUGGUGGGUAGCUGUAUGACCCUACCAUGCGACAAAGGCUCUCUUGAGCCAUCUCUCGUUCAUCCGAUCCUUGCUGAAAUUGGCACCCUUCAUCUCCUCACGACCUACACACACACACACACCCCAAACAGAAAACAAACAGGGACGGCCAUGGAUUGCCCCUGUCUGUCUGUCUGUCCGAUUCCCCCUUCCCACCCUCCCUGUCUCAGGCACGCACUCACCGUGCAUCGAGUAGAGGUUGUCGACGAGCAGCAGGCCGCCCGGCAGCAGCUCCACCUUCUCGGCACGCUGGUUCAUGAAGCCCAUCAGAGCUGACAGCGCCUCCUUGGCCUGACACACACACAAAACACACACACACACACACACACAUGUAAUGGUAUGAAGAAUAAAUGGAUGAAGGGAGUGGGGAAUGACGCGGCCUCACCUCCGUGUCACUGUCAUCAGCGGCUUUCAGAGGUUUGAAGUCGCCCCGGAGGAUCAUCGGCCCCUUCUCCGCUGUCCCCCGCUGCAGCACCGCCAUCGGCUUCUCAGUACGCUCCUUCGCCAAAGGCGUCAGGAAUUCGGACCUGUGACACAAAAUACUCUCACACACGCGGGGGCGUGGACGCCUGGUGAGUGGCGCGUGUGGCUGGCUGACCCUGGUUGAUGAAUCUGGGCUGCAUGAGUGUGGAGAUCUGCUCCUGCGAUAGGCAGGUCGACAACUCCUCUGCGGAGGGCACGGGGGCGAUGGUCGUCUGUGGGGUGGGUGUGCAGAGAGGCAAAUUUCACGCGUGGCGUUUGUGCAGUGGAUGUGAUGUGCAGCUUACGCCUUCGUCUCGGGGGUUGCGCAGACACAGCAGCACCAGGUACCGCUUCCUGCACACACAUAUUGACACACGAAACACGCCUGUGUGCCAUGCAGGUAGACACAAACAUGCCUACCUGCAGGGGUGGUACGAGUCUUCCACGUGCAGGCGCUUCUCGUUGACGUCGCCCUCAGACACGUCAUUCUAGAACUCCACUGGCCCUUCUGCAACAAUCACACACACACACACACAUGUGGGUGGGGUGGUUGCAUACGGCUGUCGUGUGUGUGCGCAUCGGUCACCCCCUCGGGCAGCUCCUCCUUGGCAUAGGUGUUCUGGAAUCGGGGCGGUGAUUCCAUGACCUCGUGCGUCUGUGUCAACCAACGAACAGCACACACACACACACACAUGGCCAUGCAUCCACACGACGGGCCCGGCGUGUGUAUGGUGGUGCGUGGUGUGUGUUGCCCUCUUUGUGUCUGUGUCUGUGUGUGUGUGUGCCCACCAGGUGGCCGCCCUGCAGCAGGUCCCAGGUGUAGGGGAUGGAGCCGAUGGCUUUUGCAACACAGAACCCCCCAACCAUCACCUGAUUGAUGUAUACGGACGGACGGCCACACGACGCGCAGACGAGUGACUGACUGCUCGCACUGAGUGUGGCGGCUAAGUGUCUGUCUGUUCGCCCCUGACGUAUACCUACCGCUACGUCACAGGUGGUGUUGCGUUCGAGCAUGGCGAUGUACUCGUGCUGCUUGGCCUCGUCUUUGGGGUACGCCCGCUGCACCUCGAUCUCACACGUAACCUGCCGGCAAGACAGAGCAACACAUGGGCAUCUCUCUCGUGUGUGUGUGUGUGUGUGUUUACGCUGGGUGUGGGUCUGCUGUGUAAGUCGUGCCGUAUGUCGGCAGGGUCGACGAAGGCCGACACCUUCAUGCUGCUGGUGGGCUUCAGGCGCGCCUUGAACAAGUCAACCACCUCAGACAAACCUCCACCACCCUCACACAACUCAUCCAUCUGCAGUGCACACCACACAGAUAAUAACAGCCGGCCUCUUCUUGGUUGCAUUGUGCAUGUGUUCACCUUCUCUGGGAAGGAAUGGUCAUCAGGCAGCGUGCCCUCCUUCUGCAGUGUGCUGGCUAUGGACCAGAUGCGCUUCCGCAGCUCUGGCGGGAGUUCGAUGGUCGGCAGGGUCGGCUGCUUCGGAUCCGCCAUUGCCGAUGAGUGCACAAGUAACG